AUGUGGUCUGCGGAGGGUGCGUGUCCGCGCAGCCGGCACCGCGUGCGGCGCAGGGCCAUUGCGGCUGUGCGUGUGGCGCUGCUUGCGGCGUUGGCGGUGGCUGCUGCUGCUGCGUGUAUGCCCGCGGUGCAUGCGGUUGUGUUGCGACUGCGGGGCGGCACGGUGGAGAGAGCCAUCACGGUUGGCCGCGCCGUGGACACGGUGCUGAUGGACGGCGUGUCCAUCACGAACGGCGUGGCUGUGGUGUUCGACGUUGCGGCGAUGCUUCCCGGCGCGCUGCGCAUCGAAUUGAGGAACUGCGUGUGCGACGGCGGUGCGCAGAUCUACGUGCGGGGCUACAGCGGCGAGGCGGCGAGUGACCGGAGCCUGGAGGUGAGCGUGAGCGGGCUGUCCGGGAGCUACUGCUCGCUUGUGUUUGUGGACAACCUGCCGGAACACACAAACGUGACGGUCCGUGACUCGACAAUUGUGACGCCGGGGCCGAUGCGCUACUCCCAGCUGAGCGGGCUGACGGACGCGGUGGCGUCACCGCUUGUGCUGUACGCGACGUCGCUGUUGCAGACACAGCUGCGUGUGAGCAACACUGUGCUGAGGUCGUUGCACGCGGGCGGGUCGGCGGUGUACGUUGGCGGCGGUGUGGACCUGCUGUCGAGCGCGGUGGUGCUUGACGGCGUGUUGCUGGAGGCGUCGGGCGGUCCGACCGCAUCCGCGAUGCAUGUGGCGUCCUCGUCGCGUCUCAGUUUGCGGAGCCACUCGGUGUUCUCCGUGACGAACGUGUCGGUUGUGAGCAGCGGCGGUGGCUUUGUGCUUGGCGAGCGCCUCGCGGUGUUUGAUUCAGUGCUGCGCUUCGUGGGCGUCGAGGGGUCUGUCGCGUCGUCGCUGGUGCGCUGCGACGGUGGGACGGUCGGUGCCGGCGGGUGGCUGGACAUGCACGACGUGUGGGCGGUGGGCGAGGCGUCGUCGGUGGCGUCGCUGUCGGGGGUGACGCUGAGCGGCGGUGCCGUGUCGAUUGCGCGCUGCGCUGCCGCUGGCGCGACGCUUGUCUCCGGGCUGACGAUCACGAGCGGGGCCGUGUCGGUGCAGUGCAACCGUGCCGGCGGCCGGGUGCUGCAGAGCAGCGACGACUACCGUUCGGCCGGCAUGUUUUCCGUGAGCGUGGUGCCGUGCGACGGCUGUGCGGCAGCGCUGGCAUGCUUCGAUGCGCUGACGGCUUCGUUCUCUGACUGCGCGUGCGGCUGCCGUGCCGGCGGUCUGGGCGAGGCAUGCCUGCCGUUCGACGUGCCGCCUGCGGGGUCCGGUGGCGGUGGUGGCGGCGCGGAGGGCUGCGUGAGUGGCGUGACGCUGACGGAGUCGGUGACGGUUGGCGGCGGGCGUGCGACGGCGUGCUUCGACUCGGUGUUGUUCAGCGGCCCAAUCACUGUGGCGGUGGACCUGCGCUCGAUGGACGCGUUCGCUGACGCUCUGAACGUGACGCUGCGCCACUGCGUGCUUGCGGGCGGUGCGCAGCUGCGGAUUGGUGGCCUCAGCGAUAGCACGGCGCGUCCGAUGCCGCACGCCCUCGUCAACAUGACGAAUGUGACGUCGCUGGAGGGCACGAUCGUGCUGCAUGGCGCGAUGCCGCCGAACUCGAGUGUGCUGCUGGCGAACUCAACGCUGCGCGCGACGGUUGGCGGGUCGCAGUACGUGUCGAUAACUCCUGGCCUUACGGGAUACCGGUACGGCCCCGCGCUUGUUCUGGACGGCGUCCGGCUACUGUCGACGCGGUUUGUCAUGACGCGGUCGACGCUGGUGUGUUACGGGGGUUCGUGCGCUGCCAUCCUCGUGGAGCGCGGCCUUGUCGUGAACCUGUUCAG